GCAUUCAUUCGUUCGUCAGUUCAAUAAAGUCAGAGGCUACGUGUGGGGUCGAGGCGUGUUGUUGUGGAAUCUUCCAGUUCCUCGUCAGAUCCGCCGUUUUUAUUUCAUCACCGUGACAUUUGUGUAGAUAGUGAACAACUGCAGUUGACUAGGCCUAAUAUAUAGAGCUAAAGAGAUAUAUCUAAGCAAUUUGUUUGGUGCUGAGCGAGAACUUACUGUUGUUUGACCACUGCUCGUCUCAGUGUGAGUGGUCAUGGCGUCAGAGGAUGGGGACUCGGACAACAUCGAUCAGCCCACGAACAACAUUAUUCCCAGCUUCUCGUUUUCUGGUUGUGGAUUUUUGGGUGUCUAUCAUGUCGGAGUAGCCGCAUGCCUGAAGGACCACACGGAUGUUGUGAACAGGAAACAAAUCAAAUUCGCUGGAGCAAGUGCAGGUGCUCUCGUAGCCACCACUCUACUGUGUGAUAUAGAUUUAGGUCAAAUGACAAAAUUGCUUCUGGAGGUUGCAAAAACUGUAAGGAAUCGUGAAAACGUUGAUCUUGACUCUCUGUUACGGAACCUCCUGAACCAUUACUUGCCUGACGAUGCCCACAUUCGCCUGAGGAACCGAUUGUAUAUUUCCGUGACCCUCCUCACAGGGCUGGAGAGCGGCCUUAUCACAAACUUCCACUCUAAGGAACAUCUCAUUCAGUGUCUUAUUGCUAGUUCAUUCGUCCCGGGUUUCGUCGGAUGGAUUCCCCCUGUGCUUGAAGCGGAAGAUUUCAUCAAUCUCUCUGAAGGAAUGAUCAAGAUUCCUGAAAAAGUUGUAGACAGCUCUGACUGUAGCUCGGAUGAUUCGGAAACGGACAAGGAAGAGGAAGAGGUUACAGAUGGCUGUGUUGAGGCCCGUCCACCAAAGGUCAGAAAUCUUGGGGUUUUUUUUCUUUUGAAUAUUCUAAUUGGCUGUGUGAGAGGAGUCUUGACAUCUGUUGGCAACCUGCCCUGUGCUGACCGCAUACUUUUUGGGGUCAUACUGAAUCUGGACAAUCAUGCUGUUGUCAGAUUACUGUUACAGAGGACUGUCAUCGCUUGGCUCAUUAGCAUGCUGAUUUGUGAUACGAUUUUCUUAAACAACUCAAAACAAUUUCUUUUUAUUUAUGUCUGUCCACAGUGUCUUAUUGCUAGUUCAUUCGUCCCGGGUUUCGUCGGAUGGAUUCCCCCUGUGCUUGAAGCGGAAGAUUUCAUCAAUCUCUCUGAAGGAAUGAUCAAGAUUCCUGAAAAAGUUGUAGACAGCUCUGACUGUAGCUCGGAUGAUUCGGAAACGGACAAGGAAGAGGAAGAGGUUACAGAUGGCUGUGUUGAGGCCCGUCCACCAAAGGUGUGUGUGAAGAAGGACGUGGAUACAGUGAAGGUCCCAUCGUGGGAUGUGUGUGUAGACUCAAGUGAUAGUAGUAUUAGCUCUGAUGAGGAUGGGGCGGUGGCAGCCAGACAGGAGGAGGAGAAGAAGAAGAAGGAAGAAAAGCCAAAACCAGCUAAGCGUGCAAGGGAAAGGUCACGGCCACAGCAACCAGAGAGCUACCUGAAGAUGCUCGUGCGUCUGUGCUACAUGAGCAUAAAGACAACGUCCAGCGUGGUUCGGAGAGUCCCGGGUGCGGCCAUGAUCAUGGAUCGGAUGUCCCCACAGCUGUUUGGAGGUCUCGAUGGCUUGAUGGAGGCUUUGGUACUGGAGGUCAUGUCUGACAGAUACGCAGCAGUUGAUGGUGGUUUCUCCGACAACAUACCCUGCUUCGACAGUCACACAAUCACCAUUUGCCCCUUUUCUGGCGAGUCAGACAUCUGUCCCCGCGACCUCACGGCCUUGGACUUCAACAUUGACCUUGGCCGAACCAGCAUGCAUGCUAGCGAGGACAACAUCUUCCGCCUGAACCAUGCCCUCAGCCCAAUGGAUCCGGAAAUGUUGUUGAAACUCUGUGAGGAAGGUUACAAUGAGUGCCUGCGCUUUUUGCACCGCAAAGACUUAUUGAGCUGUAAAAAACACUUAAUGACCCGAGCGGCCAUUUCGUCUUCACCCUGCAAUAUUGGCCACGCUCACUGCCAGUGCCCCCUGUGCAAGCGGGCUGACCCAAAGAUUCGCACCUCCUUGUCCUGCAUCGAUUGCCACAAGACGAAACAGAAGGCACUGGUUUCACUUUUGCCAGAGGAUGUCAGACGAGAGUUCAAGAAAGCAAUAGAAGAGGAGAAGAAACAGAACAGCAGUGCCAAUUCCAACUGGAACCGUUUGGUGGCUCUCCUGUGGUGGUGUGUGGAGAAUAUGUAUGCCGGCACCAUUCGCCUCGCAGAUCUUGCCUUAGACUUCUACACAUGGCUCAUGAGAUUCUGGGACAACCUCACCUGCUUGGCUUGCUAUGUCAUGAUGCCCAUGGGACAGAAGAGAAAAAUGGUUCGGUUCCUCCUAGCAUCUCUGAAAAAUUCCAUUAAUGCCUCGACACAGCAACGUGCACGUCGGGCAUGCCUUGUACAGAGCGGCUCCACCAUGUGCAGCUAGGACAAUGAAAAUUGAUCAGCGUGGUCCUUCCUGGAACUCUUUAUUUAUAUAGCGGACAGUUGUGACAUGCCGUGGGAGAGGCUGGAAUUCUUUUUCACCACGGGGCAGGACUGCCAGCUUCUGUGCAUUCAGAAAUCAGAUCUUGAAGUCAAAAAGUUUUUUGGAUAGCCAAGGGUACGGAAGCAUCAGUUUCUGGAUGAUAAUGUUAGAGGGAGUGGAAAGAACUGUUUUGUCCUGUUGCGGGAACUGGAUGUGGUGUGUACAUAAAAUGGCGAUUCUGUCGUCCUGUUCCUUAACAAUGUUAUUCCGGUGAAAGUCUACUCAAAAUGUACAUCAUGCAGUAUUUGUAGAUAGCGUGGUCCCUGUAGCGUGGUCCCUGUAGCAGCAACCACACCAGUAGCAAGUCGCACAGAGGCAUGCAUCGUGAAGAUCGACAGUUUUGCUCUGUAGACAUCAGAUAGCAAUGUCGAAGUUUGAAGCAUGCUUGGUAACUGAUUGUGAAUCUGAGCUUGUUGCACAGAUAUGUGCUGUUUUGUAAGAUCUAAAGUGAGCCAACUCGUACACACACUCAAUGCCAUAUGCAUGCAAAAUAAGAAACGCUCUCAAACACGCACAACCAUAUGCAUACAUACACAGACACUCUCCCACACAGUUGUAGGUUUGAGAACACUUACGGAAGAAAGCCUGUGGUUCGGCUGACUCUUCAGUUGACUUUAAAUUUGGUUCUCUCAGUUCUGUUUGCAGUUGCCACUCCUGUACUAACCCUUACAGCACAGGGUUAUAUUUAGCACUCACUUCCCUCUGGCCAAGUAAUACUGGAGUCUUUGACCCCACUGGCCAAACCAACACUAAGUGUACCCUGUUACAUUUUGCGACUUUAACAAUAUUUCUUAACUUCUUUUGUUUGAAGUUUAAGCAGACAACAUGUAGAACAAUUUUUAGAGACUAUUCGAUAGAUUAUAAAGAUACGUGACAGGGUUUGAGGUCACCAGCGUUUGGCUGGGCCUAGGAGAACAAGCACUUCUGAGGGAAAAUAUACUAUGUAAUACAUGACUAGGUUUGUAAGGCUUAAGUUGAAGUGGCCAUCUCUUGAGAUAUAUAAGAAAAGAAACCCAAACCUUUAAAGUUUGCUUCACCAAAAGCUUAGGGUUGAGCAUCAGUUUCAUGUUUUUGUGUUCACUCUUGCAGAAACAGACAUGUGUAAAGUAGCUCUCAUGUUUCCUGUGCUAAUAGGAGGUAAUAGACAAAAUAAGACCUUUCCCCCUGUCUCUUGCAAUAAGCUGUUUUGGCCAUUGCCCAUUUUCUGAGGGAAACCAUCAAUAAAGAUGAGUCUUCAGGUGUUAAAUUGUGUGUAUUGGCUCACUCUACCUCUCAGAAGUCUCAGGUGUCCAUUUGUGAUAGGUCUGAAUCUGUGGAGCUAUGCUUGGUAUGGGAGCAAUGUUAAGCAUUGUGUUAUAAAGCAUUAACAGUGGGAGAUGUCAUUUGAGAGACUGAUGAGCAUUCUAUUUUUUCUGAGGAAAUUUAGUGUACAGUAGGGUCUGCCUAAACUGAAAUCGGCGGCACAACCGGAUUUUCUUUUGUAUAGCUGAUUUUCGGUUUAAAGAGGUUACUUAAACAAAUUUUAUUUCUUUUACGUUACCUUUGUUUUAGAAUUUAACCCAGGUCAGUUUAAGUGGACUCCACAGUAAAUGUAUUUCUGAACAAAAUUUUUAUUGGAAAAGUAUCCCAAAUGCUUUCUGAAUGAAAUAUUUGGUCAUAACUGGUGUAUUAACUGGAUUGUUGGAAUGUUUCUCCUUUAGAUAUUCCAAAAGAGCAGUGUGCUCAGCUAUCGUGUUUCUAAAAGCACGUUGGUAGCAUUGAUUACUAGGACAACUAGUGAGAACAGCAUCUAGCCAAAUGUGCUGUAAUGUCUUAAGAUGAGCGAACUUAAGAGCUGGGUUUUUAAAUCCCAAAAUGUGUUGUUUUAGAUAAGUCACCACUGAUUGAAAAAACCCAAAAUGAGGUCUUCCUCAUCAUGGCGUGAAUGUGUGUGUGGUAGAUGAAGAAACUUGUUGAGACUGUAGAUGGAUAAGCAAAUAUAAGCAUAAUAAAAAGUCAAGAUUGCGAGUGUUUGGUUUGAAGGUGUCUUGAUGUUUGAGAGUAAUCUUAAGUAAGAAAGUGGUUCAGUUUUGAAAAAGUUUUUUUUCUUCUCGUUUUGUGUGGUACAAAUUGCUUUCUGUGAAGUUGUAUACCAGGGUUAUCAGCAGACUCAAUCGCACAGAUGGGUUGGGGGGAGCUCAGAUUACACUUUGGAAAACUAAACAUUUUGUUAGCAAUAAAAUUAAUGUAAAUUAAAUCAGUCAAAAGUUGAUAUAAUAACAACUCAAGGUAUAUCAAUUUUUACUCUUAUGCCAAUUUGUGAGUUGGAUAAAUGUCAUCUUUUCCUGGCAACACCUUUGUCUAUGUUCGGAGUAUGAAUCUGGUUUUUAGAAAUUACCAGGAUAUAGGCCUACUAUCUAAAAGUGUCUUGCAGGUUGGAUAUAAACAGGCUGGAUAUAAUUAUUUGCCAAGCUGGAUGCGGCCAGGGGGCCUUGAGUUUGAAAUGCUGCUGAAAUGUAGGUUAGUGGUGAAACAGGCUCAAGUGCUGGUUGAUCUGCACCAUGGAAGUGCCUUUUGUCAGAGAAUAUGAACCAUGAUCUUUGAUUUCUUUCGGCUUCCAACAGUGCGAAAAAUGGAUAUGUGAAAUGUGCUGACAAAAUGAGUUACUUCUCAGAUUUUAGCCUUAUGGAAAUUGAUACAUCAACAUUUUAGGUGGAGUUUGUACAAUUUGUAAAUAUAUGGAA